AUGGCGGUUGCUGAUGUGGCCUCGCAUCUAGGCAUGGUGGUUGCAUCGUUGAGCAGCGAGGUGCAGUACUGCUACCAGCUGCGAUCACGUGUUCCCCCUCCCCCAAACGCCUUGAUGCCGUUCGCGCAGGAAAAGAGGCUUUGGGUGGCCGCCGUGAACGCGAACGAAAACAACGAUCGCGUUAGCAGCCGCCUGGCAAAGCUGUGGCGUCCUCUCCGCGCCGCUGACAAGGAGCCCUUCCAGCGCAAGGUGGUCGAAGCUGCCGCCGUCCACCGAAGGAAGUACCCGGACUACGCGCACAACCCGCGUGAGGCCCACCGUCGCAGUGCCAUGCAGGUUUCCAGCAAGCUGAAGAACUACAGUUCCUUGGACAAGGAGCAGCAGCCGAUUACUUCCACGGUCGUGGCCCAGGGUCAAGGCAGCCCGGAGUCUCAGCAGCUGCUGCAUCCGCCGCCAUUAUCGCCCACGCCAAGGAGCAAACACCGUGCUACCAUCAGUGCCGCUCGAGUCAGCGCUUCGGGUGCCGGUCAGGUAACGGUGCUUUGUGUUCCGACGACCACUGUCCCGGCCACGAGUAAGGAUCUCGAAGAACAAGCGGCGCCUGUAAAAGUGGCCGCUUUAAGAGCUUUGGCAGAAUUGUUUAAGAGGCAGCCGAAACACUUCCACAAUUAUGCAGAGCUCACCUUGAUCAAGAUCUUCGGAACAUUCAAGCAGCCCGAGAGAGAAGUGAGCAGUGCGGCCGCGCUGUGUUCCAUGGACGCUGCUCCUGUGCUACCCUCAAGCAAACAAUGCGGCUCCUGCACUCACGCAUCGGGGACUCGAAUGACCAAGACGUUGACAUCGCUGCAAUCAAGGUCAUGUCCCGUCUCGUGGAAGUGCAUCCAAAAAGGAUAA